UUCCUAUUUUUUCCUCCAGGCUCAUCCUUUCCUUCUAGAAAUCUUCGAGAGCUUUGGUAUAGGGGAAGCGAGCAGGCGGGAGGAUGGGGAGAGUAAAGGAAAUGGUUAAGAGAGCAGCCAACUGAAGAUCUAGGGCUUGGACUGAUUCGAAGGUGAGCGUGGAGAGAGUCUUGAGGGGGUUCUCUAGACCCAUAGGGGGCAGCCAGAGUCGGUUGCCGGAGGUGCGGGGGCGGAGAAAGGGUGGGGACCAGCCCCGCGGGGGGCGAUGCGGUAGCUGCAGCAGCGGCGGCAGGAGUUUCCCACAAUGCAGCGCGGCGCGCUGUCCCCGGUGCUAAUGCUCAGCGCUGCCCCGGAGCCUCCGCCGCGCCCGCCUCCCGCCCUUUCCCCGCCGGGCCCGGGGCCGGGUCCCCGCCAUGGUUCGGGUCGUCCCGGUCCCGCUCCAGAGCCGUCGGGGGGCCUGGGUGCGGCACUCGACAGCAGCCUGCGGGCCGCCGUGGCGUUCAAGGCGGAGGGCCAGCGCUGCUACCGAGAGAAGAAGUUCCGGGAAGCCAUCGGCAAGUAUCACCGGGCACUGCUGCAGCUGAAGGCGGCGCAGGGGGCCCGCUCUGGCGGCCUGCCUACCCCCGCCCCCGGACCCACCAGCAGCCCUGGGCCCGCGCGCCUGAGCGAGGAGCAGCGGCGUCUGGUUGAGAACACGGAGGUGGAGUGUUAUGACUCUCUCACGGCUUGCCUGCUGCAGUCGGAGCUGGUGAACUAUGAACGCGUGCGCGAGUACUGUCUCAAGGUGCUGGAGAAGCAGCAGGGCAACUUCAAGGCCACCUACCGUGCUGGCAUUGCCUUCUACCAUCUGGGCGACUACGCACGCGCGCUGCGCUACCUGCAGGAGGCCCGCACCCGAGAGCCCACAGACACCAACGUCCUCCGCUACAUCCAGCUGACUCAGCUAAAGAUGAACCGUUGCAGCCUCCAGCGGGAAGACAGUGGGGCUGGGGCUGGGGCCGCAUCUGGGGCUGGGACUCGGGAUGUGGUUGGCUGAGGCAAGUGUAGGGGGACUGUCUCUACUCCCUCCCAUCUCACAUGUAACUUCCCCUAGCCCAUGUGUUCACUGGUAAAACACUUGUCACUGGUGACCAU